UAAAAGUCCUGCAUUUGUAUUGCAUCAACCCAAAACAAAACAGAACAGCUCAGAGAGAAACGUCACAAGUAGAAAAUAAUAUAGCCUAAAUUAAUGAAAUUAAGAAGAUGAAUAGAGGGCUGAAUUCAAACCUUUUAUUAGGUAAAAGUACUAGUUCUUAUUUACUGAUAAUUCUAAUUGAUAGUGUUAAUAUUAACACUAACAAGUGUUAACACUAUUAUGUCCUGUAACAAGUAAGAUAAUAGUGAAGGUACAAUUUUAUCUGAUAUAUGGUGGAUUAGAAGUAUAAAGUAGAAUAAAAUUGGAAAUACUCGAGUAAGGUACAAGUACCUCAAUAUUGUACUUAAGCACAGUACUUGAGUAAAAUGUAUUGCCUACAUUCCACCACUGAACUUACUUAAGCCUGCCCAUAUACAGAGAAUCCACUUUGAAUAUUUGGUCAACUUUUUUUUCAAUAAUUUACCCUGUGCCUUCACAGAAUCUGAUUUUGGUAAAUAAAACCAAUAAACAGACCAGGAAUUAAUCUGCACACAUUUUGUACAGUGCAGUACAAGGGCCACAGCAGAAAAGCUGUAUGUUUCACUUCCAGUGGGUUACACCUGUAGUUUAGUUUAUUUGGUAAGGGGAAAAUUACACGUUGUUGGUCUGUGACGGCUCCUAGGCCUCAAUACCUAUUGAGUCCCUUUGGUUGCUGGGAUCUGGGGAUUGGCUAAUAAGGACUGAUGAUGGACACCUUGAUCAACUGAUUGCUCACAUGUCCAUAAAUAGGAGUGCCAGGGCAGUCGCUCUUCCUCUCUCCCUCCUCAAGGCUGCUUGGUUUUUUUGGCUUUUGGGUUUAGUUAGUUUUGCGUUCUAGCCUUGAUACAUCUACACACAUCCUUACAUUACACACAUUACUGAUUAACUGAUUGCACGUUUAUCUUUGUUUAUUACAAUAAAUUGAAUUUGGUUGAGCAAAUGUGUGGUCUCCACCUUUUGUCAUGCCUUUGAGCCAGGUCGUGACAGGUCCUAUGGUCACAUGGACCGCAGCGCCAUCUGCUGACAGCUGGGUGGACCAGAUGAAACAGGAUGAAUGCACUGCUAUUCCCCUGUCCUGUACAUAUGGGUGUUGUGACCACUGGAGGUGCACACGCUCAAUUGCACAAAUACACUUUGGAAAGAAAUCUGACCAAGUUGGAGAAACUGCUGAAUAAGGGUGUUGAUGUGGACUGUGAGAAUCACUUGGGUCAGACUCCACUGUUCUGUGCUGCUCUGUUUGGCCAAGUCAAGGUGAUGGAGCUGCUCCUGCAUUACGGAGCUGAUCCCAACCAUCGCUGUGAGGACGGGAGCACACCAGUUCAUGCAGGUGUAUUCUCCUGCAACCCUUCAGUGGUGAGUGGCUUGCUGGAUGCUGGAGGAGAUCUAAGACUCCAUGAUGUGGAAGGCAGGACACCCUUUGACUGGCUCAGGGCUGUGAAGCAGAAAGACAGUGACAAGAUGCAGGAGUUCCUGGAGAGCUGCAUGUCGUCCAUGCAACAGCUGUGUCAGAGCCCAGCCGCGACGAAGCUCAACUCUAGCUCGUCCCACAUGUCAACAUCCAUCUUGCUACACCCUGUAUCUUUGCUGGAUCGUCUCAAAGCACGUGGACAUCACAAGCAGUUCAAUAAGAGGACAAACAGCAAGUCUUCUGGUACAACAGCCCACUGUUUAGGUUUUGGAAAGCUGUGUGUUAACAAGCCCUGCCCGACGAUGGCUGUGCCAGCAUCUAUUCCACUGAUCAGAGACAGUGAUCUGAGCCAGGCUGAUGAUGAUGAACCUCUGCUCUCCUUCACAUGUGGCUCUUUAACCUCCAUGACCAAUUACAGCUGGAGGGGCUCCAGGGUGACAGUGAAAACCAUGAGGGACAGUCAGACUGCCUAUUUGGACCUGCUCCUCAUAGAACAAGAGUACUGUAGCCAGCUGUUCCACCCACAGCUGCUGCAGCUGAUGGCAGUGAGUGUGUCUGAUGACCUCCAGAGGACCAGUCUGGUGUUUGAACCAGUCAACGUUGGCACGCUGCACAACCUGCUGCACAACAGGCGUACAGAGUUUCCAGUGCUGCAGAACACGUGGCUGCUGUCAGUGAUCUUGCAGGUCUGUGAAGGUCUGCAGUACAUCCACAGGGGAGGCCUGGUGAUGAGGGCCCUGUCUUCCCACAGUGUGGUCCUCACAAAGUUCACAGUAGCCAAACUAACUGAUUUAUGCUUCAUGGUCCCCAGCAGUCAAAGUACAUGUGUGAAACCCCCCAUGCACACAGUCCUGCCCCCCAGCCUCUACAGAUGGGCUGCUCCAGAGGUUAUUAAACAGCGGCCGUGCACAAAGCUAGCUGACGUCUACAGUCUAUGUGCUCUGAUCCUGGAACUCUACACAGACAGAGAACCAUGGGACACAGUGGACCUGGACGGAAUCAAACAGGCGAUGGAUGCAGGACGGGCCCUGGCAGUAGACAGCAGCAUUCCACAGCCUUACUAUGAUGUGGUCCUGAAAGGCCUGCAGCCACACCCACGGGACCGCACGUGCAGCCUGCAGAGUCUGUGCUACACGCUACAACAGGACAUCAAGAGGUUCUCCCUGGAUGAACAGCUGAGUGGUGGUCUGUGUGCUUACCCAGAACAAGAUCUGGGGCUAUCUGAAGUUCAGACCACAGCAGAGCAAACCAUAGUGGGGGAACCAGUACAGAGAGGUACUGAGCACAACACACAAACAUGGACAUUUGCCAGGCCAGUCAAAGUCAAGGCAGACACAGUAGUGGCAAGACAGCUGUACAGAGGAGAAGAACCAAAGCUGGGGAGAGACAGAGAUGAAUGUAUGGGGGGAGACACGAUGCUCCAUCAGGUGUACCCUUACAAAGACAUGCUUCAUCUGCUUGCUGACUUUGACUCAGUUAGUGUUGAGGAAGAACCUGAACCAGAGGCAGACAUAGACAGGGAGCUAGUGGAGCACCUGGAUGGCCUGAAACUGAUCUCAGAUCAACAGAUCAGCACCAUUGCGGUCAACCUCAAAGUGUCCCGGGAGCUGCUGCAGCAGGCCAACAGGAGUCUAGACACAGUGGAGAAACACCGGCAGCUGGACCACAGAGGGUUAGACUCAGCGACCCGGCUCAGAGAUGCUCCUUCUUAUAUCCACACCGACGCUUCUUGUGCCUCUUCCCUUUCUUCCUUCUCUAUGUCCACCACAAAUCUUUCAGGAGUUAGCGCUGCUGUUGGACCACGUUCAAAGCAGUACUGUCUCUUAGCGAACAGGGGAGAUCACUGGGGAAGGAACCUGGAGGCCCAGCUUCUGAGCGGAGAUUGGGAACUGCUGAGCCAGGAAGAGCUGGCUUUAUGGCUGAGUCGCUAUCCAGCUGAACAGCAGCAGUAUCAGGGGGGCUGGUCGCUGCCUUGGCUUUCCUCAGGGUGCUACAUGACGGAGAGCCCUUCAGUGGUAGCUGAUCACAGCACAGAGGAUCUGAGCCAGUACAGAUCAGCUCUGGACAGCAGCCUUCUCAACAUCGUCUCUGGGAAGAAGCAGCAGAAAUCCAAUUCACAAGAAAAUGCAGACGUUACAAUGGAGGUGUGCAGGCCAGCAGCUAGUGGGAGUCUACUGCUAGAUACUCACAACACCAAAUAUGAGAGCUUUCCAAACAACUCUGAUAAAACGGACUCUGAUCCUGAAAUCAGUGGAACACAGGCUCAGUAUACACCCAACACUAACACGGCUCACUUUGACAUGGCUGGGCUGGCUGAACUCUCCAGCAUCUCAUACUCUCCAGCUCAGCCUCAAGAAAAACUUUACAGCAUCUCAUACUCUCCAGGUCAGCCUCAGGGGAAACUCUACAGUAUCUCUGUGAGCGUACAAGCCCCACCCUGUAAUAGUACCCCACGUAGCCCAGACGUACGCCGGCGUGUGAUGACAGGAAUGAUUGAGGCCAAUCUCGUGGACUCCCCUGUCUGCAGCCACCUCAGCUCUGUGCAUCUCAGGACUGAGAGUUUCACCACACCAAGAGAAAGCUGGACUCCACCUUUCGACGCAGACCCAGCCAGCAGUCCCCAGGGCUUCAUCACAGCCAGCCAGGAGGAAGGGCGGUCAGAUACUAUAUCUCCCAGCUGCAUUGGAGAGCAGAAGCUAGAACAGGAAGAAGAAGAAGAACUAGAAAGGGAAGAAGAAGAGGAAGAAGGAGUGUCUGAACAGGAGCAGAUUGAAGAGAGGCAGGAGGAAAUGGAUGGAACUAGUCAACCAUCUGUGGAGGCAGAAGAAGAGGAGGACAGGGUAGAAGACGAGCUUGAGGAAAUGGAGGAAGGAUUGCAGACGGUCAAAGGGUGCACUGAAGAAGAAAAAAAACAUGGAAGAGGAGGAGGGAGGAAGGCAUGUUGAAGAAGGCAGUGAGGAAGAAGAGCGUGGCUGCCGUGACCCAGAGAGAGGUGAGCUUGUUGCCGGCACAGUGUCUGCAGAUCGGAAGGAAGAGCUCACGGUGUCUCUAGGGUCACAGCAAGGUCCCAGCUUAUUGGAGGACACAAAAAGAGCCAAUUCAACACUAGAUGAUGUGCUGCAGGGCUUUGUAGUGGAGGGCACCAGGAAGAGCCCAGGAACAAGUGGAAGGGUUGCCACAUUGUGUCAGCUGUUUGAAGGUCAGACUGGUGAUGAUGAACACCCAGCAGGAGAGCAUGCACACAGUCCGCUCCAGUGAUGACUCAGCCACCACCUGAAAACCGUCUCAACUGGUAAAGUUUAAAGUGGGCACGUCAAACACCAGGGGCCCGGUGCAUAAAACUCUGUGUAGAUUCAACACUAAACCUGUGUGUACGCACAAAAACAGAAAUAUGCAUACACAUUAUUUUUGUCAGAUUCAUAAAGCCACACAUAUACCUGAUUCUGUUUAAUAAAUCUCAAUCAUUGUGGAGCUGGGUGCAUGUGCACGGGCCUCAUUUCAAUGGCACAGGUAGCUAUAAAUAGAUGUAGAAAUGCCCUUAAGCACCAGUGUUGGAUGAAUUUGAGUUACAGGUCAUUUAAACGGCAUAUUCCGUUUAAAUAUUCUGAAUUAGGCCUUUUUUCAAAAAAUAGCAAGAGUGCUGGUAUUAUUUGGGUUUUAGAAGCUUUCAUGGGCAUGUAUACAGCACAUUCAGAAUAUGCGUCUCAAUUAGGGUUUUUACCGCAGUUUGUGACAAUUUACAGCUUCUUGCCUGUUUAGGGCUUACGGUUAGCUUGGUGCGUUGCUAUGGUUAUUGUACACAAACCAACCAGCCAUUAGUUUGCAGGGCUGCCGUAGAGAUGCAUGGCCAAAAGAAAAGUCCACAUUUCUGGUCGAAAGGAGAAACGCACCUACUUUUAAACAUAUAUAUUUUGUGCAUGUAAACAGUCAUUGAUUCAUUUGCUUAUUGUUAAAGCUGACAAAAUGCUUCACAAUCCAGGAUAAAAAUGAAGGCAUUGUUUAUACAUGGGGUAUAAAACAUGGGGAAAAAAUACCAGCAUUUCUGUUGCGGCUUGUUAAAACACAUUAUUUUGGACAGAUUUAUAAAGCUGUGUGUACACAUGGUUUCUGCUCCACCAGCCAGUCAAACAACAGGAAAUGAGUGCCAUUUCACAGACUUGUUACAGCAGUUGUCAUUAUUUAUAGCACCUGUAUAAAAAUGAUCACAUUAAUCCGUCAGCUACCAUCACUAGUGAUAUUUCAAUUACCGUCAUUAAGCGUAUUAUCAAUUAAUUUGGUUUCUAGCGCCCAUAUCAGAACAGACUUUAAAGUGCAAGACUUUGAUGCCAGUAAUGAUUGAAAAAAUGGACUUGAUAAUCUCCCUGUGGUUCUGUAAACAAGUCAAAUUGAAAAUGAUUUCCCAGUGCCUUUCCCACUCUGUAUGUUUGUGAGUACAGGAGGAGUGUGUCGGAGCAGCACCAGACUCUUCAGGAGUCAAAUCAGCAAGGGAAACCUUCUUUAAUGUUACUAGUGUGGCAUUUACAGGGAAGUUGUGUCUGUAGAGCACUGUUACUAGUUUGAUGGUUUUAAGCAAGGUUUGUUAUCCUGUAACAUUCUCACAGUGUUACGCUAACAGCUUCUAAAGCUGUGCAUAAAAUAACUAUUAAUGUAAUGUUUGAAAUCGCAGCUGUAUUCAUUUGAAUUGUUAAAAGAACUUUAAUGAAAUCUGUUCAGAAGUCUUUUUGAUGUACACAGAUUGUUUGUUAAAAAAAAAAAAAAGUCCCAAUGAGUCAUCAGGUUCCAACCUUAGAGCCAUUUUUCUGCAAAGGUUUUUAUUUUACAUUGUGCUAUUUAAGGAUAUGCAAAUAAAAAUUAUAUACAAAGA